GGCAAAUAAUUCCUAAGAGGCCGCGUGCUUUUAGUCGCUGGUUAAAUGUGAAGCUAUACGGACACCUCAACCGCAAAUUUAGACCAACAAAUCGUAAUAAAAAAUUUAAUGGCAGUCAAUUAUUUACAACCAGUAACAAUGGCCAACCCACUAGUUGGACCCGAGCCCACAACACUGAUCUGUCCUUCCUGUAAGGCCAGCGUAACAACCCGAGUGGAUCACAAGGCAACCACAAGAACCCACUUAGUGGCUCUAAUUCUAUGUGUAUUAUUAUGCUGGCCUUGCGUUUGCGUUCCAUAUUGUGUCAAUUCUUGCCUAAACGCUGAUCAUUACUGUCCGAGCUGCAACGCCUACCUUGGAACCUAUAAAAGAUAACAAAAACGCUUAUGUUUAAUCAAAGUAUUGUCUAUGGAAAUAAGUAUAACUAAUCCCCUCCACACACUUGAAGUUUAAAACAGGAAACAUGUUUAAACAAAAUUUUCUACCGAUUGUUUUAUAAACAACUGUAAAGGAUUAUUUACAUUACACCAAGUUGAGGCCAGACCUUGAAAUAGAUGAUGCUAAAUCUACAACUACAGAAUAUUUUAGCGAGAAUUAAUUCAUAUAAGUGGGGUGGGUCCACACCUUAUACCGGUCGUCCAAAAUAUCAGUAUUUGGCGGCAGACGCAACAUGAACGUGACAUCGCCCAUUUCGGAAGCGAUUUUACCAAAAUUAAAUAAUCUUAAUAUUUGACCAUGAUCAAGGCACUACCUGGCUGAUAUGGUGUAAUAUCAAAAAUCCUUAAAUGCUAAAGUAAUAUGACGGUUGUAUAUCAAAAUAUAACUGAAUAUACAAGAACAAACAAUUUAGGUAGACUCAUUUAAAAAAAAAGAUUUUGACAAUAAUAACGAAAUAAUAAUUUAAAAUUUACUAUUUAAAGAUUAUAUUUUCCAAUUUUACCUGUGUAAACGAACGGUACGAAAUAGUAGUUAUCGGAUUUCGAGACAUCGUUUUCGGUUUUAUCAAAAAUAUGACACUUUAUUCUUUCUUUUUACUUUUUUUACUCAUCACAACGAAAAUACGUUACUGUUGAACUGCGUCAAGUUCUUGACCGCUAGUAAAAACAGUGCUUUAUUAUUAAUUAAUAUGAAGUUAAUAAUAGUUUUAUAUUUUGCUAUUGUUUUAACGCUAUUCGCGUUGACUAUAGAUAUAGUUUAGUAUCUCUGUGUUAUUCCCUUAUAAAUAUAGUCAAAUCAUAUGCAGUAAUUUUGGCACAAUUACCUGCGAGUGAGUGUAAGUUAUCAAAAAAUUUCUGACGUUGGAUCUUUGGAGUGUUUCAGACAUCAAAAUGCAUAUGGUUCCCAACAGGUAUGUAUAAGAUACCAGAGCCAGGAUUAUUACGGCCUUUAUUUUAUAGUGUAAGCAUUUACUACUUAUAACCAUAUGUAUAAUAAAUUAAAAAGUGCUUAGAAUUAAAGUAUUUUUAUUGUUUUUAUUGUAAUAGUAUGCAUGUAUGUAAGUUUUGUAAGAAAACGGUUUAACAGAGCCAAUAAAUUUGUAAUUUGUAA